AUGCCUCCCAGAAGGCCGGCGCCGCUUUCUGAUGAUGCACUGAAUGGCAGGACCUGUGCAAAUGCCACACUGCUUGGUGCGACCAACAAUGGUGUACCACUGCCGGUCAAGAACACCUUCAUAGACGUGCCUUCAGGACUCACGCCUUCGGCGAUGAAGCUGGACAAGCCGUAUCAUCCCAUGCUGACUGCGCCAGCCGACCUCAUUCACGGACCUGGGUACCUGCAGAGGACCCUGGCGGCCUGCACCCUAGCGAUGCCCUCGCCAGUGGGCCAUCAGGGUGUCCCUGCCUCGCCGGCCACUGGGGUGGCGAAUGGACGGCGUAAUUUGCAGUGCACCCAGAGAAGACUGUGA